AUGACUCAACAAGAAGAUACUAUUCUCUGUAUUUCAAUUAAUGAACAAAAAAGCUAUAUUGGUAUUGGAACUAUCAAUGGGUUUUAUAUUUUUGACAUAAAUAAUCCAUCAAAAGCUAUAUUUCAUGAAAGUAUUGGAGGAGUUGGAUUAAUAGAACUUAAAGGAGAGUCACAAUAUUUGUUAUUAGUUGGUGGUGGUCCAAAUCCAUUUGAGUCACCAACUGUUGCAUGUCUCUAUGAUUUAAAUAAUCAUCAAUUUGUUCCUAGUAAUAAAUAUUCUUAUGCACGGGCAAUACGAAGAAUUAGAAUGACUAAGAAAGACACAUUCAUUGCAUUAGAAAAUAACAUUGAUGUAUAUUGUGAAGGAAAAGUUUCUACUACAUUUGACACAUAUGAUAAUCCAAAUGGAUUAUUUUCUGUUAAUUAUAAUUCUCGAAAAUUUGCAUAUCCAUCAAUCACUGAAGGAACAAUAACUAUUCAUGACUUGGAUAAUAAAACUGAUGUUGCUGUAAUUAGUGCUCAUGAACAUUCUAUUUAUACUCUCUCACCUAGUUUUGAUUCUACAAUAGUAACUGUUAGUGAAAAUGGUACUUUAGUCAGAAUAUGGGAAACUACAAGUGGAACGUUAUUAAAAGAAUUUAGAAGAGGAAUGAAUCCUGCACAUGUUUAUUGUGUAGCUUUAUCAGAUGAUGGUAAACUUGUAGCAUUACAUAGUGAAAAUGGAACAAUUCAUGUCUUCUCUCUAACAGAAGAUAUUAAAAACCAAAUAGGAUGGGUUGCAAAAGGAAUAGGAAGUAUUAAAUGGUGGUUUGGAGUUGAAAACAAUGUAUCUGAUUAUGCCUCAUUAAUUAUUCAUGAUAUUCUACCUAAAACACAAACUGAAUUAUAUUUCCUUCAAAGUGAAUAUUAUAAAAUUGGAUUAUUUGGAUUGAAUGGUAAAUAUUAUGAAAGUCAAUUGUCAUUAGAAAAUCAACAAUUAGUUGAUGACAAAUCUGCUGAAAUCCAGACAAUACAAUUAAAUGAAUAA